UAGGGAUUCUUUUUGGAACAUUCGUUUUGAUUGGCAGAUGUUGGGGUUAUGAGUGGAGCAAUCAUAUUUAUUCAACAAGAUUUAAAGAUCAGCGAAGUGCGGGUAGAAGUUCUAGUAGGCAUUUUGAGCAUCGUCUCACUUCUGGGUAGCUUAAUCGGAGGAAGAACUUCAGACGCGAUCGGCAGAAAAUGGACAAUGGGUUUAGCCUCCAUCAUCUUCCAAACCGGGGCAGCAAUCAUGGUCGUCGCUCCUUCCUACGUAGUACUGAUGAUGGGCAGAUUUCUAGCCGAGAUCGGAAUCGGCUUCGGCGUCAUGAUCGCCCCCGUCUACAUAGCCGAGAUCUCGCCAACCGCUGAUCGAGGAUCGCUGACGUCAUUCCCGGAGAUUUUUAUAAAUCUGGGAAUCCUUCUCGGAUAUGUCUCGAAUUACGCGUUUUCCGGGUUACCGCCACAUAUAAACUGGCGAGUAAUGCUUGUUGUGGGAAUACUCCCUUCCGUGUUCAUAGCGUUUGCUCUGUGUGUGAUUCCAGAGUCGCCGAGAUGGCUGGUUGUGUAGAAGAGGGUGGAAGAAGCAAAGGCGGUGCUGAUGAAAACGAACGACAGUGAUGCGGAAGCGGAAGAGAGGCUUGCGGAGAUACAGUUAGGUGCUUGGGUGGAGAUCACGAAUGCUGAUAAGUAUGAGGAGAAAUCUGUGUGGCGGGAGCUUUAGAGUCCUCCUCCUCCUCUUGCGAGGAUGCUGAUCACUGGUUUUGGAAUCCAGUGCUUCCAGCAGAUAACAGGUAUUGAUGCAAUGGUUUACUACAGUCCAGAGAUCUUAAAAGCGGCUGGUAUUACUGGCGAGUCAAAACUGCUUGCACGCCUUGCAGCAACGGUUGCAGUGGGGAUCACAAAGACGGCAUUCAUAUUAAUAGCUAUAUUCCUCAUAGACAGAGUAGGAAGAAAGCCACUUUUGUAUGUUAGCACAAUAGGGAUGACGAUUUGCUUGUUUGGAUUGGGGUUCGCCCUUACCUUUCUAAGUAGUCAAGGAUCGCUUGGCAUUCCAGCAUCCAUAUUAUUUGUUUGCGGGAACGUAGCUUUUUUCUCGAUCGGUUUAGGCCCGGUUUGCUGGGUGUUGACGUCAGAGAUAUUUCCGCUGAAGUAUCGAGCUCAAGCAUCCGCAUUGGGAGGGGUAGGUAAUCGGGUGUGCAGUGGGGUGGUUGCUAUGUCAUUCCUUUCUGUGUCGCGGGUAAUCACGGUCGGUGGGACAUUCUUUGUUUUCUCGGCAAUAUCUGCAUCCGUUGUUGCUUUCACAUAUAUACUCCCUCCGUUCCCAAAAAUACUUCCCACUUUCUUUUUUGGGCCGUUCCCAAAAAUUCUUCUCACUUUCCCUUUUUGGACAAUUUGUGUGGCUCACAUUCAUUUUACCUUUUUCUCAUACAACCACAACCACACAUUUCCACUUUAUUCCACUUUCUUAAUAGGCGUGCCAAGUCAAACCGGGAAGAAUUUUUAGGAACGGAGGGAUUACUUGUUCCAGAAACAAAAGGCAAAUCUCUGGAGGAGAUUCAGUUGAUGUUUCAAAACGAACGAGAAGGUGAAACACAACUUGGGGAUGUUGAGCAUCUUGUGCAGAAAGAGUGAGUUUUGGUCAUUUGGGGUUCUCAUUCAAUUACUUUUUUUGAAAGUUUACAGCCAUCUUUUUUUUAUAUCUGAUAUACGAAGUAUGUAGCAGAGAAAUUUAACGAUGUAAUACUUGACAUAGAAAAGGUUGAUGGCUUGAUGUGCUCACGAUACUACGUAGUAUUGAAUAUACUCUUUUUGACACGGACAAUUAUUCUUUUCUUGAUUAGUAAAAGUAAU